GCCGGCGCGGCCGAGCCCCGCGCUCCUGCUAGUGCCGCCCGGCCCCGGCCCCGGCCCCGGUCCGGGCCCCGGCAGAGCGAUGCUGCUGCUGGCUGCCGCCUUCCUCGUGGCGUUCGUGCUGCUGCUCUACAUGGUGUCUCCGCUCAUCAGCCCCAAGCCCCUCGCCCUGCCCGGAGCUCAUGUGGUGGUUACUGGAGGCUCCAGCGGCAUCGGAAAGUGCAUUGCCAUUGAGUGCUAUAAACAAGGAGCGUUUAUAACUCUGGUUGCACGAAAUGAGGAUAAGCUGUUGCAGGCAAAGAAAGAAAUUGAAAAACACUCUAUUAAUGAUAAACAGGUGGUGCUUUGUAUAUCAGUUGAUGUGUCUCAAGACUAUAGCCAAGUAGAGAAUGUCAUAAAACAAGCACAGGAGAAACUGGGCCCAGUGGACAUGCUUGUAAACUGUGCAGGAAUGUCACUUUCAGGAAAAUUUGAAGAUCUUGAAGUUAGUACUUUUGAGAGGCUCAUGAGUGUCAACUACCUGGGCAGCGUGUACCCGAGCCGAGCAGUGAUCACCACCAUGAAGGAGCGCCGCGUGGGCAGGAUCGUCUUUGUGUCCUCUCAGGCCGGGCAGCUGGGCCUGUUCGGCUUCACAGCCUACUCUUCCUCCAAGUUUGCCAUCAGGGGAUUGGCAGAAGCUCUGCAGAUGGAGGUGAAGCCAUAUAAUGUUUAUGUCACAGUGGCCUACCCUCCAGACACAGACACCCCUGGGUUUGCCGAAGAAAACAAAACUAAGCCUUUGGAGACUCGUCUUAUUUCAGAGACCACAUCUGUUUGCAAACCAGAGCAAGUGGCCAAACAAAUUGUUAAAGAUGCCAUACAAGGAAAUUUCAAUAGUUCCAUCGGCUCAGAUGGGUACAUGCUGUCCUCCCUGACCUGUGGAAUGGCUCCAGUAACUUCCAUCACUGAAGGGCUCCAGCAGGUGGUCACCAUGGGCCUUUUCCGCACUAUCGCUUUGUUUUACCUUGGAAGUUUCGACAGCAUAGUUCGUCGCUGCAUGAUGCAGAGAGCAAGAUCGGAAAUUGCAGACAAAACUGCCUAAUUCUUACCCCUUGGAAAAAGACUUCCGAAGUCACUUGACCAGCUUGCUGCUAAAGGGGGUGCAGUUUUUGCCUUGCAGACCCAUGUCUUGCUUUUGAAUCUGCAGGAUUGGACCAGUGCUCUUCAGAAACUUGGCUGCAAGCAAGGGGAUAGACGUUCAACUCCAGACAAUAUUCUUAAUACUAUGCAAAUACGGAGCAGGAGACAGCUUGAUUCUUGGAGGUGGAGAGGUGAUGGCAAGGGAACUAAUAGCGUGUGAGCAGGGCAAAGAACAGGAUUCAGGAGUGAUCGUGAAAAUUUUUUCUAUUUAUUCUAUUUUUCCCAGAAGAGAUCGAGUCCAGAAAUGUCCUUUCUGAGGACUUUUUGACCCUGCCAUGAAAGACAGUUUAGGGAUUUCUGGGGCCAUUUUUUUUCUCUUUUCCUUUUUUAACUCCAUGUAUUUUAUUCCAGAUGUGAUUCACACAUUGCCACUGUGUCUGAGUGCAUGAUAACGUCCCUAACUCACUCUGUUGCUGGUGGACCCUUGUGGCUUCUCUCUCUUUGAUCCCAUAAAACUACAAGGGGGAUGGGAGAGGGCAGUGCAGUGGAGCAAGGGAGAUAAAUAUUUUCCAGUAGGAAAACAUAAUGCUUUCUUGUCUUUUUUAGACUCAAAUGCUUAGGGCACUUUUCAUUUUUCAUUGAUGAAGAAAGGCAGCCUCCUAAAAUGUUUUCUGAAGAGAAGUAAAAUUCUUAGAAGCUUAAGGAUUACAGUUCCUUCAGCAGCCAUGAUGACCUGAUGCUAGCCAUUCCAUUGUAGUGUCUUACUCUUCCUGAGUCUUCCUUUCCAAUUUUGCUUAUACUGCUAUAAUAUUUUUGUAAAAAAACAAAAAAAAAGUAAAGACCAUUUUUUUGACUUGACUUUGUAAAUUAAUUAAUGAAUUUAUUAAAGCAAACGAAAAAAAUUGGAAAGUGUGACAUUUUUCUCCUCGUAGCAUAUAUGUAGCUUUUACAAAAGGCUGAUGAUGGAAUUCCCAUUGUGGCUCAGCAGUUCAUAAACCUGACUAGUGUCCAUGAGGAUGCAGAUUCAAUCCUUGGCCUUGCUCAGUGGAUUAAGGAGCCAGCAUUAUAGUGAGCCAUGGUGUAGGUCACAGGUGCAGCUUGGAUCUGGCAUUAUGGCUGUUGCAAAAGCUGGCAGCUGCAGCUCUGAUUCGACCCCUAGCCCAGGAAUUUACAUACGCUGUGGAUGCGACCCUCAAAA